AGAAGAAUUGAUACCUUUGAAUUAUGGGGUCGGUGAAGAAUAUUGAUUAUACUGUGGUUUGCCAGAACAAUCAACAGAUCUAUCCUGGAAGAGUUACAGCCAGAAUGCUCCUUAGAAGGGAGGAUGGCGAGACUUGUUCUACAUACUUUGGACAUGUUAUCAGGAGGGACCAGUCCCUGGAUAAGGACAUCAUGCUUGGUAAAUUAAAGGGUUAUCGAAAAAGAGGAAGACCCUCAAGGAUAUGAAUUGACACAGUGGCUACAACAGUGGGCUCAAACAUUGCAAUGAUUGUGAGGAUGGGGCAGGACCGGGCAGUGUUCCGUUCUUUUGUCCAUAGAGUUGCUGUUGGAAUCAACUCAAGGGCACCUAACAACAGCACAACGACAUGGCUCUAAUCUGCUGUGAUUUUUGGUAGCCUCAAGAAAGUUAAGAAAUAUAAAGAAUAAAUGUUUAAUGGCUCUAGCAGUUAGGAGUUUCUGACUGGGAAGGUGGGUCUCACUUCAUUAUUUGGCUAAUAGUGGAAGCAAAUAAUUAGAGAAUUAUUGGACUUAUAUUCCUCAAAGUGCACAUUGGAUUACCUCUAGUUUAAAAAGUACAAUUAAUUGUUUUCAGGUAAAAAGACUAGUAUGCUUCCCCAGAAAAAUAGCAAAAAAAAUUGUUGCAUUUUUAUCAAAUCUCUAAAGUUAUGGUUUUUAUUUUUAAUCAGAAUUUCGUUGAGUUGAAUGGAAAGAGUCUUCAUUUUAUACUAGGAAAAUGCUUUUGUACUUCAACCAUGUUCACGUGAAAAUGGCCGAUGAGGCUGUCUGUGUUGGCCCAGCUCCCACCAGUAAAAGCUACCUCAACAUGGAUGCCAUCAUGGAAGCCAUUAGGAAAACCAGGGCCCAAGCUGUACAUCCAGGUUAUGGAUUCCUUUCAGAAAACAAAGAAUUUGCCAAAUGUUUGGCAGCGGAAGAUAUCAUUUUCAUUGGACCUGACACACAUGCUAUUCAAGCCAUGGGUGACAAGAUCGAAAGCAAAUUAUUAGCUAAGAAAGCAAAGGUCAACACAAUCCCUGGCUUUGAUGGGGUAGUCAAGGAUGCAGAUGAAGCCGUCAGAAUUGCAAGGGAAAUUGGCUACCCUGUCAUGAUCAAGGCCUCAGCAGGUGGUGGUGGGAAAGGCAUGCGGAUCGCUUGGGAUGAUGAAGAGACCAGGGAUGGCUUUAGAUUAUCAUCUCAGGAAGCUGCUUCUAGUUUUGGUGAUGAUAGACUACUAAUAGAAAAAUUUAUCGAUAACCCUCGUCAUAUAGAAAUCCAGGUUUUAGGUGAUAAACAUGGAAAUGCCUUGUGGCUUAAUGAAAGAGAGUGCUCAAUUCAGAGAAGAAAUCAAAAGGUGGUAGAGGAAGCACCCAGUAUUUUUUUGGAUCCUGAGAUGCGAAGAGCGAUGGGGGAACAAGCUGUGGCUCUUGCCAAAGCGGUGACGUACUCCUCUGCUGGGACUGUGGAAUUCCUUGUGGACUCACGGAAGAAUUUUUACUUCCUAGAAAUGAAUACGAGACUCCAGGUUGAGCAUCCUGUCACAGAAUGCAUUACUGGCCUGGACUUGGUCCAAGAAAUGAUUCGUGUUGCUAAGGGUUACCCUCUCAGGCACAAACAAGCUGAUAUUCCCAUCAACGGCUGGGCAGUUGAAUGUCGGGUUUAUGCUGAGGAUCCCUACAAGUCGUUUGGUUUACCAUCUAUUGGGAGAUUGUCUCAGUACCAAGAACCAAUACAUCUACCUGGUGUCCGGGUCGACAGCGGCAUCCAACCAGGAAGUGAUAUUAGCAUUUAUUACGAUCCGAUGAUUUCAAAACUAAUCACAUAUGGUUCUGAUAGAACUGAAGCACUGAAGAGGAUGGAAGACGCACUGGAUAAUUAUGUUAUUCGAGGUGUUACACAUAAUAUUUGUUUACUUCGAGAGGUGAUAACCCACUCACGUUUUAUAAAAGGAGACAUCAACACUAAAUUUCUUUCUGAAGUCUAUCCCGAUGGCUUUACAGGGCACAAGUUAACAGAGAGAGAGAGACACCAAUUACUGGCAAUAGCAUCAUCAUUGUAUGUGACAGCACAGUUAAGAGCACAACAUUUUGAAGAACAUACAAGAAUACCAGUUAUUAAACCACAAGUGGCUAACUGGGAACUCUCAAUAAACUUGGACAAUGAAGUUCAUAAUGUCACAGCAUCACACAGUGGGCCAACAUUCUCUGUGGAAGUUGAUGGGUCGAAACUAAAUGUGACCAGUACGUGGAACCUGGCUUCACCCUUGCUGUCUGUCAACGUUGAUGGCACUCAGAGGACUAUACAGUGUCUUUCUCGAGAAGCAAGUGGAAACAUGGACAUUCAGUUUCUUGGCACAGUGUAUAAGGUGCGGAUCUUGAGCAAACUCGCUGCAGAGCUGAGCAAGUUUAUGCUGGAAAAAGUGGCUGAAGACACAAGCAGUGUUCUGAGGUCCCCAAUGCCUGGAGUGGUGGUGGCCGUUUCUGUACAGCCAGGAGACAUGGUAGUAGAAGGUGAGGAGAUUUGUGUGAUUGAAGCCAUGAAAAUGCAGAACAGCCUGGCAGCUGGGAAAACUGGCAAGGUGAAAUCCGUGCACUGUAAAACUGGAGACACAGUUGGAGAAGGGGACCUGCUGGUGGAGCUGGAAUGAAGUAUUUAUAGCCUCUCAGUCAUCACCCAAUUUAAUUAGCCAUUUUUAUUAUUACUCUUUCACACUCAAUUGAGUCAAGCAUUUUACAGGAAGGCUCCUGUGCAGCAGAUUUACAUGGUCAUAUUUAUUCCACAUACAGUCAAAACCAGCAUUCUGCCAAAAAAAUCACCAAUGGAAAUUUUUAUUUAUAUAAAUACUUGUACAUAUGAUUUGUACUUCUGCUGUGAGAUUUCCUAGUGUCAAAACUAAAUCAAUAAAACUGAGCGUUUGUCUAAAUAUUAGUUUGCCCUUUUUCUGAAUGAAGACAAUGUACACAAGAGAAUAGCCUGUGCCAGAAGACUUUAAAUACUAGCAUUUCACUGUGAUCCUUUUUUAAAAUGACGUAAACUUCCAGUCCUCUGCCUUCAGUUUACUCAGAUUACCAUUGGCCAUCUUCUACCUGAUGACCUUACUCCUUCCAUAUUGAGGACCUAACCCGUUUCUGAUUAUUCAUAACUUUCUAAAGAUUGUAUAGUGUUUUUAUUUUGAUAACCCCCUUACCAUGAUGGCUUUAAACAGGGUAGCUCUGGAUCUAAAGGAACCCUGGCGAUAAAAUGGUUAAGUAAGUAAGUCCUCAGCUGCUAAUAUAAAGAUCGGUAGUUUGAACCCACCCAGCAACUGUGGGGAGAAAAGACCUAGUGAUCUGCCCCCGUGAAGACUGUAGCCCAGGAAACCCUAUGAGGCAAUUCUCUGUCAUGAAGUGUCGCUGUGAGUUGGAAUCAACUCAACAGCACACCCAACAGCAGCCUUGGAUCUGAGUGGUUCCUCCGGCACGUCACCUUGGGGAGAAGUAAUGCCCCUGUGUGUUGCCAGAACUCUCCUGAGCAGGAGCAUGGUGUACAGCCUCCCCACGCCCCAGGCCGGGACUUGGAUAGGGUGCACCCUCACUCCCAAGGCCAGUGCAUGCUGCUACCACAAGCCCAUCAGCUGAUCCUGGUCUUGUGUUUUUGUGAAGCAAGUUCCCAAUGAAGAAAACCAGGCUAAAAAUACCGCUCACGCACUCGGGCCAGAUGCAGUCAGCGAUCACAGUCUACCAUUAAGUUGAAGACAGAGUGCAGUCUCCCAGCAGAAGGCGAGGUUACU